UUUAUUUAUAUAUAAGCUUUUUGUUUUCCUUUCUUUCUUCACAAGGAACCCAAUUACGAAAUUUGAAAGCUUUAAAUUAAAUUCUGAGAACCCAUUUUUCAUUUUUCUUUUGUGAUUUGUGGUUGUUUUAAAGUUUUAAUCUUUUUCAUCCAUGUUCAAAAGGGUGUUUUUUUCUAUGUUCACUUCAUGGCUAUUGCAUGGAGAUUUUUCAAUGGCUGCAACUGAAAGUGAUAGUUACAAUAGUUCAAGAAAACUUGAUGAGACACCAACAUGGGCUGUUGCUUCUGUUUGCACUGUUUUCAUUUUGAUAUCCAUAGCUCUUGAGAAGAGUCUUCACAAAUUGGGAAUGUGGUUAGGAAGAAGGCAAAAGAAGGCUUUGCUUGAAGCUUUGGAAAAAAUCAAGGCUGAGUUGAUGAUUUUAGGAUUCAUUUCACUGUUAUUGACUUUUGGGCAGAAUUACAUUGUAAGAAUAUGUAUUCUUGAAGAAGUUGCAAACAAAAUGUUGCCAUGUCCACAUAAAUAUAGUAAUAUAAGUGAUGACAAGAAAUCAAGUAGAUUUUUAGCUGCUGAUACUCCCUCCUUUAAAUGCAGCAGGAAGGGGCAUGAACCUCUUUUAUCUAUCAAUGGAUUGCACCAGUUACACAUCUUCAUAUUCUUCCUAGCUGUCUUUCAUGUGCUUUAUAGUGCUAUCACAAUGCUUCUUGGGAGACUUAAGAUACGUGGAUGGAAGGAAUGGGAGGAAGAGACUUCAACUCAUGGUAAUCAAUUUGCCAAUGAUGCUGCAAAAUUUAGGCUCACACAUGAAACAUCAUUUGUAAGAGCUCAUACCAGUUUUUGGACAAGGAUUGCUAUCUCCUUCUAUAUUGGUUGUUUCUUUAGACAAUUUUAUAGGUCUGUUCGUAGGGUUGAUUACCAAACUUUGCGCAAUGGAUUUAUCAGUGUCCAUCUAGCUCCUGGAAGUAAAUUUAAUUUCCAAAAGUAUAUCAAAAGAUCAUUAGAAGAUGACUUCAAAGUAGUUGUGGGAGUAAGUCCUGUUCUCUGGGCAUCAGCGGUAGUUUUUCUGCUCCUAAACAUUGAUGGUUGGCGUACUCCGUUAUGGGCAUUCUUAAUUCCAAUUAUUAUAAUUUUGGCUGUUGGAACAAAACUUCAAGUAAUAUUAGCAAGGAUGGCUCUUGAAAUAACAGAAACACAUGCAAUUAUUCAAGGAAUGCCUCUUGUUCAAGGAUCAGACAAAUACUUUUGGUUAGAUCAACCUCAGUUAGUUCUUCAUCUUAUCCAUUUUGCUUUGUUUCAGAAUGCAUUCCAAAUAACAUAUAUAUUGUGGACAUGGUAUACUUUUGGGCUGGAAAAUUGUUUCCGUUUGGGCUACAAACUUGCCGUUAUAAAAGUUGCUUGCGGGGUUGUGAUGCUAUGUCUCUGCAGCUAUAUUACCCUUCCAUUAUAUGCUCUUGUGACUCAGAUGGGUUCAAGGAUGAAGAGGUCAAUAUUUGAUGAACAAACAUCAAAAGCAUUAAUGAAAUGGCACAUGACUGUGAAAAAGAAGCAUGUAGGAGAAGUAGUCAAACUUGGAAAGUCAACCAUUGAUGGUAGCAACAUUGGAUCAACAUUGCAAUCCCCUGGACCAGCACUACACCGUUUCAAAACUACUGGACAUUCAACUCGCUCUUCAACUUUUGAGGAUCAAGAUGAAUAUGAAUCUGAUAAUGAAUUGGAAAAAACUAAAUUGAUUCUAAGAGUUGAUCAACUAGCAGAAGAAGAUCAUAGGCAUCAUAGUGAGGGAGAAGCUAAUAAUGAAGAUGAGUUCACUUUUCUCAAGCAUACUACUAUUCAAAGUUGAGUUUAAUUAAUAAUUGGUGUAAAUAUAUAUAUGUUUUACACAAAA